AUGUCUGACUUAUUAGUGGACUUGUUCCCAACUGAUGUAUCCAAAAUCUACAUUUUUACCUCCAUUUCCGUGGUGUGUGGUAUAAUUUUUGUAUCUGCUAAAUUAAAUCAAACCAUUCACUCAUUAUUAGUAUUUGCUUGGGCAUGUUUUAUUCAACCUUUAAUUCAAAAGAAAUCAUCUGGUUUUGUUAAAUCUAAAAAUCAACAACAAAAUUUAGAACAAUUUUAUAAAAAUCAAGCUCAUAUUUAUGAUUCAACUAGAGAAUUUCUUUUAAAAGGUAGAAAAGAAUGUCUUAGAUUAGCUUAUUCUCAUUUAUCUAAAAAGAAAGAUUUAGUUUGGAUCGAUGUUGGUGGUGGUACUGGUUCAAAUAUUGAAUAUAUGAAUGAAAUCGCCUCUAUUUCCAAGAAUUUUAAAGCAGUUUAUUUAGUUGAUUUAUCUCCUUCUUUAUGUGAAGUAGCUCAAAAAAGAGUUGAAGCUCAUGAAUGGGAUAAUGUUCAUGUUUUAGUAGCUGAUGCUUGUGAUUUUGAAAUUGAUUAUAAAUUUGCUGAUUUAAUUACUUUUAGUUAUAGUUUAUCCAUGAUUCCAACUUUUAAUGCUGCCAUUGAUAAUGCUGUUUCAAAAUUAGAUAAACAAGGUAUUGUUGCUGCCGUUGAUUUUGGUAUUCAAUCUGUUGAUACUUCAAUUGGUAGAAUUAAUACUUUAGGUGGUUUAAUUGAUAGAAAUAUUCCUUGGGUUUUAAGAAAUUUUUGGAGAAUUUGGUUUGAAGCUGAUAAAGUUUAUUUAGAUUCUUCAAGAAGAAAUUAUUUAGAAUAUAAAUUUGGUACCGUCAAAUCUUUAAAUACUUAUAAUAAGAGAUUAGGUAGAAUUCCUUAUUAUAUUUGGAUUGGUUGUGAUAAAUCAAAAUCUUCCACUAUUUUACAUAGAUUAAAUUGUUUAGCUACUGAAUCACCAUAUUUAGCUCCAUCAUCAACUCCAAUUUCAAAUUCUAAAAAAAUUGCUAUUUCAAAAGGUCAUGAAGCUGCUUUAUCAAAUUUACAAAAAAAUUUACCAUUCCCAUCAAUUUAUUAUCAAAAAGAAAUUUGGAGAGUUUAUUAUGAUGAUUUAAAUCAUCAAUUUGAACAAUUUAAAAAUCAAUAUAUUUAUGCUUUUACUUGGGAAGAUCCUCGUGAAGAUAAUAAUAUUUUGAAAUUUAGUCCAAAUGAUACUGUUUUAGCCAUUACUUCUGCUGGGGAUAAUAUUUUAAGUUAUGCUACUUUACCAGAUCCACCAAAAAGAAUUCAUGCUGUUGAUUUAAAUCCUUGUCAAAAUCAUUUAUUAGAAUUAAAAUUAGCUUCAUUUAGAUGUCUUUCUCAUGAACAAAUUUGGAAAAUGUUUGGUGAAGGUAAAAUUGAUAAUUUUAAAGAUCUUUUAAUUGAUAAAUUAAGUCCUCAUAUGUCUUCUAAUGCUUUCCAAUAUUGGAUGCAAAGAGGUGAAAAAACUUUUAAAUUAGAUGGUAAAGGUCUUUAUGAUACUGGUUCAACAAGAUGGGCUUUAAGAUUAGCUAAAUAUGUUUUCAAAAUUUCCGGUGUUACUAAAUAUGUUAAAGAUCUUUGUCAUGCUCCAAAUAUGGAUCAACAAUUAAAAAUUUGGAAUGAUAGUAUUAAACCAGCUAUUUUUAAUCCAAUUGUUGCUACUUUAUUAGUGGGUAAUCCAUUAUUCCUUUGGAAAGCUUUAGGUGUUCCAGCUAAUCAAGCUGCUAUGAUGGGUAAUUCAGUUAUCAAAUAUGUUAUUGAUACUUUAGAUCCAUUAUUAAAAAGAUCAUUAAUCUCUAAGGAUAAUUAUUUCUAUUACUUAUGUCUUAUGGGUUAUUAUGCUUAUGACAAUUGUCCAGAUUAUUUAACUGUUAAAGGUUAUAAGAGAUUAACUACUCAAACCACCACUUUAAAUAAUGAAAGUCCAAUUGAUAAUAUUAGAUUACAUACUGAUACUUUAAAUGAUGUGUUUGCCAGAUUAUCUAAAAAAUCCAUUACUAUUGCUAUUAUUAUGGAUCAUAUGGAUUGGUUUGAUCCUCAUGGAACUGAUGAAAUUAAUGAAAUCACUGCUUUAAAGAAAUGUUUAGUUAAUGGUGGUAGAGUUAUGUUAAGAUCUGCUUCAACUAAUCCAUGGUAUAUUAAAUCAUUUGAAAAAUUAGGAUUCAAAUGUGAAGCUGCUGCUGUUAGAGUUAGUGGUGAAUCAAUUGAUAGAAUUAAUAUGUAUGCUUCAACUUGGGUUUGUACUAAAGUUGAUACCAUUACUGAAGAAGAUGAAGAUGAUGAAGAGGAAGAAACUGUUGAUGCAAAAGCUCUUCCAAUGCGUAGAAGAAUGAGUAGUUUACACAUUUAG